GUGCAAGGAAACAAUUUUGAAAAUUUUGAGUGAAAAUUCGAGCGAAGGAUGGCGAAAAGAUUGCGGGAAUAUGUGAAAUAUUCAACCAAAGAAUUGGAUUUACAUACAAAAAGGGAAGGGGCGUGUGUUCAUAAAGUGAAUACUAAUAUGCACUUGUCCAUAGGUCCUUACUGUUUGGCCGAUUUUCAGACUAAAUUAAAAGCCCACAUAGUACGCACAAAAAUUGGUUACUAUGACGUCUCUUUGGACGGUAUAAUAUUAGAUAUAAAAAAUAUUAAAGUUUUAGGGCCAUUGGCUGAUUUGCGAGCGGAUGACUAUCACUUGCAUAUUAACUAUAAUGCGGAUGUGUAUAUUUUCAAACCGGAUAUAGGAGCAGUGUUGACCGGCAUUAUUAAGCAUAUUGGUGCGAAACAUUUGGGUGUCAUUUUAUAUCGAGUAUUUAACGCUCACCUAAAGUUUCCAUAUAAAGUGGCUAAAGAAGAUAUCCAAAUGGACCAAGAGGUGAAGUUUCGUGUUGUUAAUCAUAAUCUGCUUCAUACCUAUCCCUACAUAGAAGGGGAACUCUUAACAGCGAAUGGAAAGGAAAUGCAGAUGGGAAAGAAAGUUGAACAUGCUGAAGAGCUUGGAGAACUUGUAAAUAUGAUCAAAGAGGAAUUGGUGUCUGACGAAAAGGAAAUUCCUGAGACUUCCCUGGAAAGUAAAGAAAAAACUAAAAAAAAGAAAGUUUCCGACGAUUCCUUGAAAACAUCGAAAAAAUCAAGAGCGAAAAAAGUUAAAACAACAGCUUCUGAAGCGACCGUAUCGACGACUGAUUAUAAUCGUCCUCAAUUUGAAAGUAUCACUCCGUCGCUACUACAAGAUAUUAAAGAAGAGCCAACGAUUUCUUGCAGUGAUGCCGAAGAGCUUGCUUUGCUGAACUCAACCGGAAAAAUCGAAACUGAGAAAUCCUUUAUAGCAAAUGAACAUAGCAUUAUAUCCGCUGCAGUAGUAAAAUCCGAAAAAAUUGUCAAUGGAAUUCAAGCAGCAUUAGAGCCAGAUUUAUUAGAAAACAUGGAGGAAUUUUUACCAAUCACACCUAGGAAAAUUAAAAAGGAAAAAUUAGAUAAUUCAUUCGAUGCUGAGGGUAUUCUAAGUCUCUGGAAAUUUAAAGAAGAAGCAGAUUCAAGGAUUAAAAACCAAACUAUGGAUUAUGCUACUGAUGGAAGCGCUUGUUCUACAAUACGAAAAAGUAAAAAGCACAAGAGUCACCAAAACGCUUUGAAUUUUUCUGCAGAUGACACAGAUUUUUCCCCAGGGCGAAGAAUUAAGAAGUCCAAGGGCUCCCAAAGUAAAAUAAGCGCUAACGUUGUACACUUAAAACAAGAGUUGGAAGAUUGACAUUGAUAUGUUUGCGAGAGUGUUGGUAGCAAUUUAAAAUAUAAUAACUUUCACUAAAUUAUAUUAGUUGUAAUCGUACCUUAUAUAAUGUAAGUGCGUAAAGGUACGUUUCAUGUAUUGGGCGUUUCUUAUUCUGUUUUCUCAUCUUCCAUCAUUGUUAGAAUUAAAAAAAAAAUACUAAUUGACCUUAAGCCCGAAAACGAUCUUUGUCCGUCAAGAGACAAAUCCAUAUAACCAUCCAAAGAAAAGUUAUUUGAAAAUAGUCUUGCAUUUAGGUUCUGCUAAUACAGAUCUUGUGUGAAUAUUUACUCCAAUCAAGAAGGAUGAAGGAAAUUUGUUUAGCGAACAGGUCCAAUAGAGCGAUAAGUUAGUUCUGUUUUUAAUUUCUAUUUGUUUUUUCUACUCGUCCGUUGAAAUGCGAUUAAUAUGGAUCGACUGUAAUCUAAUUUUGGUAGAUGUGAUUAUGUUCGGUUUAUUGGUUAGUUCUACAUGCCCUUCAUUAAUUUUACACUAGGUUUUGGCAAUGCAUCUCACGUUAGUUAGUAAUAAAUCAAAUAGUUGCAAUAUUGUAAGAGGGAGGCUCACAACCAUUUCUCCCCUGCAUUUAAUUUUUUAUUUUUUUUAUUUUUUGGUAUGUUGAACAGAGAUGGACUAAGCCA